AUGUGAGCAGCUGCCACUGCCUGCCUCACCUCCCGAAACACACAGAGCAGUGCGAGUCCGCUCUCUACUGGAGCAGGAUUCACCGCUUCACUUCAACUCUUCACCAGCACAGAGGAGACCCUCCACAGCCUCCGGUUAACCCACAGAGAGUCUGGAGCAGCUCUGAGACUGACUGUGUUCAGGAGGAGCAGAGCGGGGCUGGACUGAGGAGGAGAUAUUCAGACUCCGGAGCGGACAGCGCUUCUCCACACUUCAGUCAGAGAGUUUAAACUGUGCUGAAGAGUGAAUAUCUCUCCAGAUAACCGCACACUCACACCUCCUUCUCCCUCUCUUCACCCCCAUGAGCGCCCCGGGUCUGCGCUGAUCUCAGGGCGGUGGGGCAGUCAGUCCGUUAGCUGAGGCGGGUCAGUGGAGGAGGGAUGGAGCCGGGCUGUGGAGAGCAGCAGCCCGCCGCGGCAGACACGCCGCUGCCCGUGGACUUCCCCCCGGGAGAAGUGCCGCCGUCUCUCGCGGUGAGGAGAAGCUCCAGUGUGAAGAAACACCACCACAAACACAACCUGAAACACCGCUACGAGCUGCUGGAGACGCUGGGCAGAGGCACCUACGGGAAAGUGAAGAAAGCGGUGGAGAAACACACCGGCCGAGUGGUGGCAAUUAAGUCCAUACGUAAAGAGAAGAUCAAAGAGGAACAAGACAUGGUUCACAUACGCAGAGAGAUCGAGAUCAUGUCAUCCCUUCGGCACCCGCACAUUAUCUCGAUAUAUGAAGUGUUCGAGAACAAGGACAAGAUUGUGAUUGUGAUGGAGUACGCCAGCAAAGGGGAGCUGUACGACUACAUCAGCGAGCGGCGGAAGCUCAGCGAGAGGGAGACGAGGCACUUCUUCAGACAGAUCGUCUCAGCCGUGCACCACUGUCACAAGAAUGGAGUGGUGCACAGGGACCUAAAACUGGAAAAUGUGUUACUAGAUGACAACUGUAAUAUAAAGAUAGCAGAUUUUGGCUUGUCCAACCUCUACCACAAAGACAAGCUCCUGCAGACCUUCUGCGGCAGCCCUCUCUACGCUUCACCUGAAAUUGUAAAUGGGAGGCCAUAUCGAGGACCAGAAGUUGACAGCUGGGCUCUUGGGGUGUUGCUCUACACUCUGGUGUAUGGCACAAUGCCUUUUGAUGGAGGGGAUCACAAAAGACUCAUACGGCAAAUCAGCAACGGGGAGUACCGGGAACCACCGCAGUCAUCAGAUGCUCGUGGCCUGAUCCGCUGGAUGCUGAUGGUAAACCCAGACCGUCGCGCCACCGUGGAGGACAUAGCCAACCACUGGUGGGUGAACUGGGGCUGGAAAACCAGUGUGUGUGACUGCCAAACUCAGCGAGAGAACAGCUCGCCCAUGCUGGCUCGCUUUAUUGACUGGCAGAACCGCACCGACACCCAACCCGGCAAGGCAGCUCUCGCUGAUACCGCUGCCAACAGCAGUGGACUCGCUUCAGCCCGGCGCCUCCGGAGAUCCUCGAAGGAGAAUGAUGGAGGCACAAGAGCUGUAACGGAAGAGAAGCCAGGACUUAAGAGGCCCAAAGGCAUACUAAAGACACGGGCCAGCAGUGGAGAUCAGCGCUCACAGAGCCUGUGUGAAGUGGAGCUGCGCCGCUCCAUCUGCUACCAGGAUGUGGAGGCUACUUCCAGUCCGGAGAGGGAGGACACUCUGGGUGGCUCCCCAGCCAAAAUAAUGCCCUCCCUGCCUAAAAAAGGCAUUCUAAAGAACAACCAGCAGCGCGAGUCUGGCUAUUACUCAUCUCCUGAGCGCAGCGAGUCCUCCGAACUGCUAGGGGACAGCAUAGUGCUCCCUCCAAAUGGCUCGCCACCUAAGAGAGCUGCUAGGAAGGGCAUACUGAAGAGGAACGGGAAGUACUCUGCUCACAGUAACCUCUCUAGCUCUGCGGUUCAUGGGGAAGGUCACGUACAGGACUCCGGAAUUUCUCGGAGCCAGAGCAGACCCUCCAGCAUUGUGGGUGAGGAGAUUGGGCUCUCUAUUGGCAUAGACUGGUCACACACUUCACCCAAUCCCAACAUCAGGAGCUGCCUGUCGGCCGAGGACCUGCUGCAGAUGGCCGGGUUCAGGGGCCUCCAGACGGCUGCCCCUCUUCACGGCACAAAAGUAAACCGCAGCCCCCCAGGAUCUCCAGGAGACAAUGGAAGCUUCUCGCUGCUCGGGGACCUGGACGAUGUGACUCAAGUGUACCAGCAAGCCCUGAACAUCAGCAACCAGCUGAGUUAGUGGAGGAGAGAGUGCUUUAGGGAGCAUUUUAGGGAGCAUAGGCUGCCUGUUCUCCCCUCUGUUCAAUGACCCGCAAGUGAUCAAUCAAGAGAACUUAUGUGAAAGGCCAAUGGGAAGUGUCUGAAGCAUUCAGGACUGAUUGAUGGACAGACCAUCCAUCCAAUCACUGACAUUGUUCUGCAUUGUACUGUUUACAUAGUGAGAGAAGGGAAAACUGAGGUUACAGAUCUAAACUUACUUACUCAGUGUCCAUGAGGAAUGAAACAUGCACCUUGCUGACAUGGUGUCCUCCCCAGCACAAUACUGGAUAUGAUUGUCAGUAAAUAUAUGGAUAUAUGGCACAGAAUAUUUCCGUAGACUAAUACAGGUUUUUGUUUCUUAUAUGUUCACAGCAUUUAGCCCUCAGACAUCCUUAGUAAAGUAGAGCUUAGCCACAUUUUGGACUACAUCACAUGGUAACUGCAGUAUGUGUGGAGAAACAAGGUGAUGAAACCAUCUUCAUCUCUAGAACCUAAUUAUAGUACAUUGUAUAUAAAAUCAAAUUAAAAAGAGGCGAGGAAGACAAAAGGACAAGACAAGUUUUAAGACCCAAGAUGUCCAAACUAUGCCUCCCAACACAAUGUAAAAUCUCCUCAUAAACUAAACUGAACAUAAACUAAGCUUCUCCUUUCUAAUCUGGUCUAUGACUUUCGUCUUUUAGAUAGUAGGAAACUGGCAGAAGUGGUCACAUAGUCCGAAAAUGCUCAAACACAAACCUCCGUCAGGUCCGUUUUAGACUACCAGCAUCAUCUGGGUUUACUUCUGCUUAACAGGAGGCACCUGUAGGGGUCAAAGGUUGUGUCAGUGUUAUAGCAAGUGUUUAGAACUUUAUGGCACAAACACUGCUGCUUUUAUAACGCACCUUCUAAGCAUGCUCGUUGUGGUGGGUGGGCAGGGUGUAACCCGUGGAGAAAAAGCAGCGCAGGAACACCCUGUCUUUCAACAACAGCGGCCAUUGAAAUGGGAGGAAUAGGCUCAACCAUUCUUGCUGAAUAUCAGCACUGUGACAUGGUGCCUAUUUUAAAGGUGACAGGUUAUGAAAAGAAGGUUUUAAAGGGCCCAUAACCUUUGAAUUUGUUUUUUUUUUUCUUUCUCCAUGAAGUCCACUUAUGAUAUUUGCAAGAGUUUAGAUUCCAAAACUGCAAUGCAUUUCUAAUUGAAAUGAAUAUUUUGACUAAAACUCUUUUAGUUGAAUUGGCAGAGCUGAAAUGCUUUAAGUUAAAUAGGUCAAUAUAUAUAUAAAUAUAAAUACAUUUGAAUUCCAUUUUUUUGAAGACUGGACUGGAAAGAUAAUGUAAUUUGUACACUAGAUGUUUGUGUACUAAAUAAAAUGUUGUUUAAAAUAUUAGAAUUAUUCACUUUUCCCAAAUAUGGGCCCUUAAGAAAUGCAAAACGAGGGUUGGACAAAACGAUAGGACAAUAUCCUGUGCUCUGAUCAUCGUGCUUGUGCUGUUUAUAUAUUUCUGUUUAUCAGACAAUGAAAUACUAUCUUUAACUGGAUCCACAGUGGCAAAUGUUAUACUAUGUUAGUAUCUUUGUUGUUGUUAUUUUUGGAUACAUUUUACUUUUAAGUUUAAUAUCCACAUGGGUGAGAGUGCUUUGGCUUAAUUACAGAGGCAGAGCUUUAACAAAAUCAAAGCCAAACAUUCAAAAGAGAAAUGUAGUGUGCUUUAUAUACGACAGGCUGCAGGACGAAGCACAUGGCAGGGAAUGAUCUGGCUAAAUAUAAUUUAUAAAAAUAAAUAAAUAAAAAGAUUAGUCCGUGCUUCUGUAUCUGCUUAACUGGAAAUGAAUGUUAAAGCAUUAUUUAUCAUCUAGGAUAAGUUCCAUGUUGCAGUAAUUAACUGGAUAUUCUCUGUGUGUAUUUAUAUGUAUUUAAAUGUACUGUUAUUUAAUCUUUCUUGUAUUAUAUUACUGUACAUUAUUGCUUUGACCAUUUAUAUUAUUGCUUUUUCUGUUAUGUUUUUUUGCAUACACAAGAUGUUAACCUUGAGCCUUUAAAUGUCUUGUUUAUUUGCCUUCUUUGACAAACGAUUGUCCGUAUGAUUAAAUAUUAAACUUCAGUUUAUGGUGUUAAAUAAUUAGUGAAUAAGUUACUUAAUUAGGUACAAGUAAUAGAUAUGACAAAACAGAUUCUCUGUGUUAUUUGUGUUAAAAGUAAAUGGAUGUAAAUGGAUUUUAAAUGUAUUUAGGCAUCUAUGAUGUCCAUACUCGACCCAAAACACCAUGGCCUCUAAUAAAAGUCUGUGGUCUACCAGAA